UGGUGUUGGUAUGCCGAUUAUUUGCCAGCAGAAGAAGUAGAGAAUGUUGUGGUAUUGUGGCGUUCGUAUUUUCGUCCAUUAUUUAUGCUAUUUGUUUGCAUAGUCUAGGAAUUAUGUUUGAACUUCUUCCGUACGUUUCUUGAAAUCUAGGACGGGAAAUUGAGGUUUUGAAACUCCUCAAAUAAUAGAUGCCUUCAUUUUGAUCAACUUUGCCACACCAAAAUGGUUGUGAGACCAAGAAUUGUUCACAAUCUUUACCGGAAUUUUUUUGUUGUCUUCUCUCUGGUUCUCUUUCUACUCUUAGUAUGUUUUCUGCUUUCACAUCUGAUUCCAAGUAGUUUUUAUGAUAGAGGUACCGUUACACAUCAUCCUAUAUCUUUACAAAAUUUGGAUCAAGCUCCUGAAUUUGUGGUAGCAAAUGAUGCCACAGUAUCUGCUUCACGGAACCCCCGUUGCAGCUACUGGGAUUGUUUCAAUGUAUACAGAUGUGGUAACAAAGGCACCAAUAAAAUUCUUGUAUACAUUUAUCCAAUACAAAAGUUUAUUGAUGUACAAGGUAUUCCUAUUGGAGGUAUGAUGUCUCAAGAAAUGUAUAGUAUACUGGAAACUAUAUUGGAAAGUCGCUAUUACACACCAGAUCCAAGCCAAGCAUGCAUCCUUGUUCCAUCAAUUGAUACAUUGAACCAGAAUAGGUUCAGACCAAAGCAGACAUCACAGGCUUUAAAGUCAUUACCAUUUUGGAAUAAUGGAGAGAACCAUCUUGUUUGGAACAUGGUGCCAGGUGCUCCUCCAGACUACAGUAGUGUUGUAGAGCUUGAACUGGGAAAAGCCAUGGUUGCUGGGGCAGGACUUUCAUCAUGGACUUAUCGUCAAAGUUUUGAUCUUUCUUUGCCAAUAUUCAGUCCACUGGCCAGUAUUCUUGAUGACUCCCACGGUCACUCAACUUACUCAAGGUCAUGGCUAUUGGUCUCUGCUCAGACUAACAUCCAUGGAGAAUAUUUAACAGAAUUGCAAGCUCUAGCCAGAGAGUCAUCUCAGACUUUAUUGUUGGAGCAAUGUCCACAGGGCAAUUAUUCAGUGCGGUGUUCAUCUGGUGGGGCUAGAAACAUGUUUCUGUACCCUCAGAUUCUCCAGGCUGCUAUGUUUUGUUUGGUCAUACGAGGAGCCCGUCUUGCACAACCAAUUUUGUUAGAAUCUAUGGCGGCUGGAUGUAUCCCAGUUGUUGUAGCUGAUUCCUUAGUCAUGCCCUUCCAAGAAGUCCUUGAUUGGAAAAGGGCUGCAUUGUUUAUCACUGAGGAGGAGCUUAGUGGUUUAUUGGAUACAUUACACACCAUUUCGGAUGAACGUGUCAUUGAAAUGCAGAAAAAUGGGAUGUACUUUUACCGCAAUUAUUUUUCCAGUAUGAAGCAAAUUACUAACACUGCCUUAGACAUUCUCAACCAAAGGGUUUUUCCUCAAAACAGUAAAUCAUAUGAAGAGUGGAAUGUUCCACCAAACCCAUUGGCGGCACAUUCUCCACUAUUUCUGCAACUCACUGCUCCACGGUGGCAAGGGUUUACAGCUGUUGUAUUAACUUAUGAUCGUGUUGAAAGUCUCUUCACACUCAUUAAACAAUUAGCUAAAGUACCAAGCCUAAGCAAGAUCCUAGUUGUGUGGAAUAAUCAACGAAAAUCCCCUCCUCAUGCAACUAUGUGGCCUAAAGUUAAUAAGCCUCUGAAGGUCAUUCAAACAAAAGCAAACAAAUUGUCCAAUCGGUUUUAUCCAUAUCCUGAAAUUGAGACAGAGGCUAUUCUAACAAUUGAUGAUGACAUAGUCAUGCUUACAUCCGAUGAGUUGGAGUUUGGAUAUGAGGUGUGGAGAGAAUUCCCUGACAGAAUUGUGGGAUUUCCAUCUCGAACACACAAGUGGGAUAACAGCACAGGGAGCUGGAAGUAUGAAUCCGAAUGGACUAAUAACAUAUCAAUGGUGCUUACCGGGGCUGCCUUCCACCACAAGUAUUGGAGUUAUAUGUACACAACUGCAAUGCCUGGUGAUAUUAAAGAUUGGGUAGAUUCUCACAUGAAUUGUGAGGACAUUGCCAUGAACUUCCUAGUUGCAAAUAUUACAAACAAAGCCCCUAUCAAGGUGACACCACGGAAGAAGUUUAAGUGUCCAGAGUGCACAAACAAUGAGAUGCUCUCAGCAGAUCUCAAUCAUAUGGUUGAAAGAUCUCAUUGUAUUAACAGAUUUGCAUCAAUCUACGGAUCAAUGCCUUUAAAGACAGUAGAGUUUCGGGCAGAUCCUGUGCUAUUCAAGGACAACUUCCCUGAAAAGCUGAAGAGAUUUAAUGAUAUUGGAAGUUUGUGAUCUUCAUUGCUGAACCUUUAUUACAUUCCUAGUCAUAUCAGAGAAUAAGUUCCAUCACUAAAUAAAGCACUAUGUACUUUUUCACUUAAAUUUCCAGCCUAUCACAAUGGUUUAUUAUCAAUCGAAAACUUUCCGUGCGGAAGGAUCCACCUAAAAGUGUCCCAGUUGUACCAUGAGUCUAUCCUAAAAUUUUCAUAGGCCUCUGAUGAAGAUUAAGACCCCCUAGAAUAAGUAAAGACAGCCUGUGAGGGAGGCAGGCAAACAAUAUCAAGCAUAGAAAGUGUUAAAAUCAAGGAGAGUGGUAUGUACUAUGCUUAAACAGUAUGUGAAAAAGUGGCUUUAAGGUGGGUUGUAUUGUGUGACUGCAGACAUAGUUGCAAGAAUGAGUGCUGAGUGAAUGAUUCUUUUUUUCAAGACACUUUCUAAUGUAAGUAUCAUUUGAAAGUAUCACAUUGAAAACUAUUGAUGCUGUGUGUAUUUCACAAUUAGCUGACUAUCUACCUCUGAAGCUCUGUUUUAAAAUCAGUGUAGGGAAAUAUUAGCUAGUCAUUUUCAUAUCAUGAUAGAUUAUGAUCUUGUUCUAUAAUUUAUAUAUUUUCUGUGCGUUUUUACAUUUAGUAUUGCAUAUGUUGGGUCUGCUGGCAUGUAACUCGCUACUGUACCAUGAAAACAGUGACCGAAAAGGGAGACUUUCUCUGUUCGUUGUCCAGGAUCUCUUUUCAUUCCCAUGUGCAUUUUUUUAGUUUCUAGAAUUUCUUAAAACAAUACUUUCAAUCAUAAACUUUUGAAAAAGUUUUAGUGUUUUUCUGUAGUUUUACUUCAUCAUAGUUUUUUAGUGCCAUUGUGAUAUUUCUUUGAACUAUUUUUUUUUUUUUAUCAUCAUCCUAUUUUGGAUAUAUUCUUGCUUAGGAUUUAAUUUUCGCACUUGACUAGUCAUUGUUCCUGUAGGUAACUUAAGUGAGGAGAUGAUUAAAAUUCCCACUCGGCGUUGAUGAUUUACGCGAUUCACGCAAUGUUUUUAGACUCGAGUAACAUAUCAUUUGAACUGUCCAGUUCAUAUCACCAUCACUCUGAGAUACACAAUGGUAUGGGAUAUAGAAGCAAUUUUCUUAGUUGUAUUUAUUUGUAAAUAAAGUAACUGUAAGCAAUUGUACUGGAUCCCUGAAAUUUAAAUAUUAGCCUGUCCGCCUUUAGUCUGUUGCCAUAUUAUGCAUAUCAGUAAUGAUUGUUAUCUUGUUACAUCAUCAAUACUUGUUAUUUUAAUCUGUACAUAUGUAAUAUGUAUUUUCUCCAAUUGUCUUUUUUGUGGAAAUUUUAUUUAUCGUUUGUUAUGGCUCUAUGAAGAGUAAACUUAAUUUAGAAGCUCA